AUGAUAAAUGAAAGUGCGGCAAACCAAGGAAUUUUCUGAAGAAAAAUCGAUCAUUCCGUCCCAUUAUCGAUCAUGCCGUCAAAUGGAUCAAAAGCUGUCUUCAAGGCUAAAAGUAUCAUGAAGACUAAGUCCAAAGUAAGAAUUUCAAGAGGAGAACGAAAUAAGGAAAACUCUACAGGAAAUGCGCAAUUUCGGUAUGAUAUCAAGCCUCCCAGAAAACCUGCAAGUAUGCUUCCCAAACCUUCUUCCAGAUUGAGCACUAAUAAAAAUACUCGUAAGGGGGAGUUCCAGAAAUAUGCUUAUGAUAGUAAGUCAAGAGAAAGGAGCAUUCCAACAAAAGUUAUGGGGAGGAAAGGAUCGGUUCAUACAACUUCCGCAAAACCUGCCAAAAAUGAUCCUGUAUCUAAAACAGAGUUGCUUUACCAAAAAGCAAGGUCUGCCUUAGGAAAAAGCAAAAAGAACAAAACUAAAACUGAGUCAUCUAAGCCCCCUUUACAGAAGCGAAGAAGUGAAGCUGUACUAGAAGUUAUGCGCAAACAAGAGCGGAUUAGGAAGAACCUCUCUCAUAAAGGUUCCUUCUGACAGAGUUCCUCCCGGAACUCUAAGCCUAACCUGCUAGAAAGCAGGAAAAGUUCAAGAAAUACCCAAGAAAGGAUCAAUAAAGCCAAAUUUAGCACAAAAAGAUCCCAAGUAUCUGUUAAAAAUAAGGAAGAGACUUCAAAAGAGAAACAUUUUAAACUCUCUAGGAAAGAAGCGAGAGCCAGGAUUGGCUUAAGCUCAAUCCCUGAUGAGAAGAUCGAAGAAUUUGUGAAAGUCAAGAAGACCAAAGUUAAGCCUCAAGUUAUCCCAGAAGGCAAGAAAUCCAACAGAGACCCAGUCCCUGUCUUUAGCUAUGAAAGUCGUUCAAAAUCACGAUUAAAUCAGGAUUCUACCUCAAAAGAGCAAGAAUCUGAUGGCACGAAUAAAGUAAAAGUGAGAGAAACUUUGAAAAUCAAAUUCCCAGAGGUACCUCAAGCUGAAGAUCGGCGGAUAGUUAGCACCAUAGAAUCUCGCUAUGACCAAGAUCUGGCUUCAUCCAUCAAUGAUUUUGAUGAAUUCACACCAAUGUACUCAAAAAUGACCAAGCAAAAGCUCAAAAAGACAACUUCAAAGCCUAAAAAUCCAAAAAUAACCAAAGAAAAGUCCAAUAUAAAGAGCUUCGGUGGGAAGCCUCCUAAAUCCCAAGAAAAUCCUUUGCGAAAAUCAGAAGACAAGAAGGAGCUUGUCCGCCAGCAGAAGAAAGCCAAUUACAAAAAACUUAAAGAAGAAAAAGAUAAAAGAAAAGAGCGUGAGCUUAAGACAAAGCAGAAUGUAGAAGCACUCAACCAAUUCUUAACUAAAUAAAACUCAGAAUUAUAAGAAAAUCAAGGCAUUAAAUAAGGAGAAAGAACCAGAAGAGGACUUCCCAACUAAGGAAGCCCUAAAGGCAGAAACUUUAAAUAGGCUGACUACCCAGCCGAGUACUAGGACAAGCUAUAGACCUCCAGCUCGACCGAAGAAGGCUGUUGGGGAUUCAAAUCCCAAUGUGAUUUUAACAAACAGAAGGACUUACAACCCAAAGGGACCCUCAAAGAAGGUUAUUAAGAAAGUGAUCAAUAUCCCUACAGUAAAAAUGAACAAGAAAAAGAAGGCCCAUAACCAAAGUUUCCACUCAAAAGACGAAAGCUGAGAGGACUCCUCCCACAGAAAAGUAGUCAUCAGCAAAAUGUCCAAGGUCUCUAAAAAUUCUGAAAAGAAAGCUUCUAGAAGUAUCAAGACUAAGAAGACGAAGAAAGUCAGGAAGAAUUCUCCGAAAAAGUCCCAGAGAGUUAAUCAUACUUCACUGAACAUGAACUGCAAUGACGACAGUAUUUUUAAUGAGCAUUCUGUGAACAAGAGCUACCAGCAAGAGUAUAACUUUGAUCACCCCAUUACAAAGAACACUCUUGAAGAUGUCCAGAGAAAUUUUGACAGCGAAAGUGAUUACCUGAACAUUCAUGGGGAGAUUGAGCUCGACCCCAUCAAGCCAGAGAACGGAGUCGAAGAGAUUCAGCCUCAAGACUGGGAAAAUAUCGAGAUGUUCAGCAGCAAAAAGUUUAGUGACAUUCUCAAAAAGCACAAGAAAGUUAUUAGGUAUCAAGAAUCUGAGUUUAAUGAGGAACAGGAAAGCUUAAUGGAUAUCCAGAGUAAUCGUAAAAGUACUAAUAAUCUCCAAGUCACUGAUAUCUGUGACGAUGAGAAAGAUUUUGAGCAGCAAAAGACAUAUGAAAAGCCUUUAUCACGAGAGAACUUUGAUGGAGUACUACAACCUCCUCAAGAAUUUGAUAAGAUCAGAAAAGCCAGCACACAUCAUAUUAGAGAGGUACCCAAUAAGGAAGAAAUGAAGGUAGCCGAGCUAAAGACAUUUCAGAAUCAGUCUCGCUGUCCUGAGAUCGCUGCUAACCACGUCAAAGAGUUUUCAGAGGGUAGAGCAUCGAAUAAAAUUUUAACAGCCUCGAUUAACUUACUCGAUAAAGAAAUUUUCUCAGAUGAGAAGCCUCAAGAAGAGGAAGAAAACAAGCAAGAAGAAGAGAAAGAUGAUAGCUUAUGGAAGCCACCAAAUUGGAACUUCGGAGAGCCUCAAAAAGAAGGAUUCUUUGAAGGCAAUGUCACUUCUAAAAGAGUCAUUGUAGAUGACCUAGAAGAUUUCCAGUAUGAUGACCCUGUUCCAUAUGAUGAGACUGGAGGAAGUGACCAUGAUGCACUUGAAAAUGUUAGUGUUUUCGAACAUGAGACUUCAGAAGCUGACCCUGACCAAAUUCCAUUCAAUAUUGAAGAGGAUCUACCCGAAAGAGACCAUGAAGAAAAGACAUACACAGAUACACAAGGAGAGGAUAAGGAUACUCUGAAACAAAUGAGGAUCCUUUUCGGCUCUGAGCAACGGAUCCGUGAACAAAGUGAGGCUGCUAUUAAGCAUCUAAACUGUGAAGAGCCAGAACAAGACCAAGACUCCGAACCAGAUGAAUUCCAAACACCAGGAUUAUCCCAACAUGAUGAAAGCAAUAAGAUAAGCUCGAGAAUCUUUGGAAAGCAGAGCUUCCAAGAUUUUUCAAGGAAGAAGUUCCAAGAAAUAAUGUUUGACGGCAACAUGUCAGAAUUCAUGAAUUCUGUUGAAAGGACUGUGAGAGAAACUGUUGGUGAAAGCAAGACGUAUAGAAAACGUGAAGAAAAGGCCAAAAAUUAUACUUCAUUUACUCCUAAAAAGACCUCAUUUGCUUCUCCCAGAAAAUUCAAUAGGAAAGAACUCGAGCUAGACAGCAUCGUAGGUAAUAAAAUGAAGUACAUGUCUGAGAAGAAGAAAGCAAGAAAGAGUAUGUUGGAGAAUUACGAUUCAAGCUUACUCAAGGAUUUCCCUCAAGAUCCCUUCAAUAACUCUCAGGAAGUCUACAAGGCUAAAUUUGCUAACUACAGUGCCAAGAAGUCCAACGACAUAGUGUCCCAAAGGAAAAGUCUAGAUCAUAAGUCCGGUCAAGGACUUGAGCAUCCAGACCAUUUCGAUAAGCCUAAUUACAAAGUGGAUAUUGAAAGGACAGACCAAGUUUUCAUGAAAAGCAAGCUGCAGUCUUCCAAUGAGAUCAAAAUCAACUCUGCACAAGAGCCUGAGUCAAUCAGGAGAUCAAACGUAAGAGGUCUAGAAGUCAUGAUCAGUGAGAAAAGCCAAGAAAUGGAGAAUAGCAACCAUCAGUUAGAUAGAAAAGAAGAAGAUGAUAAUAAAACUCUCAAAUAUGAACUAACUGAGGAACUAACUGAACAAAGAAGCCUAGAAAGGAGUUCUAAGAAUAUUGAUGAUUCUAAGAGCAAAGAUAGUCCAAAGGAUAUUAUGUAUGACCAGCUUGAGAAAAUCAUGGGAAACUGCUUUACAAAUGAAAAGAAGGACUCUAUAAUUGAUGCACAGGAUUAUAAGACUCUUAAAUACGCUGAAUCAGAUGAGGCAAAUGAGGAGUUCAAUAAGGACAAAGAAAGCUCAAACUCAGAAACCUCCUCUCCAACGACAGCAAAACGUAUAAACAGAGGUCCCCUUACUCAACCAGCAGCUGAAACCCCAGAAGAAGUUUUUCAGAAGAAGUCUGAAGUUAACACAGUCAUUACUCCUCGUGACUCUUCAUCUAAAAAUUCCUACCAGACUCCAGAAGACCACAGAAAUAACCUUCAGAACAACAUUGCACAAAAGGAAAUUUCCAAGGCAAUGUUGCAGAAAAGUUUCGAGUCUGGCAGAAGAGAGGAUGCUUUCAGUCUUCAGUUCUACUCGAACAGCUCACAUACUGAAGAACAGCCAGAGCAUCGAGAGGCUGACAAUAACGAAGACAACAUCAGAAUAUAUGUAGACCAAUGGGACGGAGAUAAUAGUGAGAAAAAGUCAGAAGCCAUGUCUAUAGACCCCUUCAACUGCACUGAAAGCAUGGGUAUUCAUACAGCUAAGAACAGUCCAUUUGAAAGUAAUACUAAAGAAAAGAACUCAAACAUGAGCGAGAAGUAUUCAGUUACUGAAGAAUCAGGGGAGAAAUACCUCAGCAGUGAAGCUAAAAUUGGCGGGAAUGCUUUUGACUACAAAAAGCCUAGCUUGAAUAAUAUUAGGAAGAACUUACAUUCUACCCUCCAAGAUAAUCUCAACAACAGCUCUAACAGUUUUGAUUUCAAAGAUUCCUUAUCUGCGAAAUCUCACUCGAUUUUGAAGAAUACUCAGUCUACCAUUGAAAUAAAUGAAGAGAUCAAAGAAGUGGCUGAAGAACUCGCUAAUAAUACCCAGAACAACCCUCAGUUCUUGCAUGAGUAUCCUCAUAUGGUGUCUCCUUCAGAAAAUGAGAUAGCCUCUCCAAACUAUAUGGAAGAUAACCAAUGUAUUGUUCUUUCAAACAAAAAGUGCAAGGAGGGUGAUUCUGGCUCAGCAGUUAUGGUCUACGAUGUUGCAGAUGAACCUGAAAAUCCAGAAGAGACAAACUUGAACCAUGAACAACAAGAAAUCAGUAAAAAGAGUGAAUAUGUCACAGAUGAAAUCCUCUCAAUGAUGCUAUUUAGUGACAUUCACGACCAUUGUCUGUUCCCAUACAGGACAAAUCAAGUGUUAAAAGAAGUGAAGGAUAAAUUCCCUUUCAAUAAACCAUUAGGUAUUAAGACCAACGAAGAGGGUGUUUGUGAAUUUAUUGAUCAGCUCAUUAAUCAUAUCCAGUCUACCUUUGUCCCAGCUGAGGAUUAUGACUUCUCUCCUUACCAAAAUAUUCAUAAAGAGACUUAUCUAGAUCAAGUUCUCAAGAAUUUAGAGAAAACUGUCAAAAUUGACCCUGCAAUUGAGCUAGCUCAAUUGCAGGUUUAUGAAGACAGCCCCCAAAAGAGCGAUAUCUUUGAAGACAUUAUCCCAAAUGAAAUCUUCUAUUCCCUUGAGCAAGAGAGGAAAGCUAUGUAUGAAAAUAUCUGCAGUGAGAUUAAACUCACAGAUGAAGAAAGGAACAAUAAAAUCCAUACGACGUUUAUACAUGACAAAAUGGUCUUUGACAGUUUUAACCACGGCCUCAGCAUUGUUGCCAGGAGGAAGAUUGAAUUACCACCUUGGCAUUUCGACACAAAGGCGUUGUCCAAUAGGAAGUAUUCCCCAGGCCAAGCUUUGGAGCUGCUCUACAAAGCCAAAAACUUGGUGCUAAAAUGGAAUGAUAUCGGGGCUGGUACAAACAAAAUUCCUCCAUACACAGGUCCUGAGAAUUCUAAGAUAGAGGAUAUCUUUGCUCCACCUCCUCCUGUCCCGACUGAAGAAGAGCGGAACCAACAAAUAAGAGAAGAAAAAUUGUCAGAACUCUUAAGCAAGGAAAUAAAUGAGGAAGCAGACAAUUAUGAAGACUGAGCAACACAGGUAAAGCUAGAUCUAGCAGACAUGAUCCUUGAAGAUCUUGCUAUGGAGAUGGCUAACCUUUUGGUAACAUUUUAAUCCUCAUUAUAAUAAUUUGUAAAGUCGAG